AACCUGCAUCUGCCAAAGCACCCAACUCCACCUGACUUGUCUGUGUCUGUUGCGUUCACUUUCAUUGGAAUCUCAGAUUUUUUAUUUUUUUGUUUGUUUUGGUUGUUGCGAGUUUGUGACUAUAAAACCUCUCCCACUUGGUUCUUCACUCUCACUGUUUCUCAUCUCUUCGUCUUCUCCGCCUCCUUCAAUCUCACUCCGAUCUCUCUACGAUUCAUUCGUUCUAUGGCUUCCAUUGCUGCUUCUGCUUCUAUUUCCCUUCAAGCUCGUCCUCGCCAACUGGCGAUCGCGGCUAGUCAAGUUAAAAGCUUUAGCAAUGGAAGAAGAAGCAGUCUUUCUUUUAAUCUCCGCCAGCUUCCUACCCGCUUGACUGUUUCCUGCGCUGCAAAACCUGAGACAGUGGACAAGGUGUGUGCAGUUGUCAGAAAGCAACUCUCACUUAAAGAGGCUGACGAAAUUACUGCUGCCACCAAAUUUGCUGCACUUGGUGCUGAUUCCCUUGAUACGGUGGAGAUUGUGAUGGGACUAGAGGAAGAGUUCGGGAUUGAAAUGGCGGAGGAGAAAGCACAGUCAAUCGCCACAGUUGAGCAAGCAGCUGCGCUCAUUGAGGAGCUCUUGUUUGAAAAGGCCAAGUAGAAUAUCUUUAUUACAUUAGCAAAAACGAAAAAAAUCAAAACCCAAACCACUAUCUUAUUGUUUCGUUAGCUAGAGAGCAAUUGUGUCUGUUGAAAGAUUUUAUGUUAUUUUGGGGAAAUUAUUACAAGGCUUGUAUCUGACUUUUAUCUUUCUUCUAAAACAUUUUACUUUCAGCCUUCAUCAAACUCUCUUACGAAACUUAUGUAGUCUCAUUUCCUAAAUAAAGAUGUUUUUCCCUUUGCUUAUUUCUCUGAAAUGUUUCGAGAAGUAACUGUGAAACUCGAAACCUCGGAGUGUAAUUGCUCCAACGUAAAAAAACUUGUGUGUCGUCGUGGGAUUUGUAGAAAUGAAAGGGGGUGUAUUGUACACGAGGCACG